AUGCCUGUCUCAACUGUCACAACUUUCUCACUUUCUCGCCGGUCUUCGUCUUGCUCGUCAAAAUGCUUUGCUAGCCCAUCACCCUUGAAGGUUACUGCUACUUUCACUAGAUGCAUAUUCCCAGUGGAAAUACUUGAACUAAUUGUCCGCGAGGCUUACAACUCUGAUCACACCUUCACUUCUAUUGCUGGAUUUGCAUCCGCUUCAUAUGCUUUUCGAAGGAUCGCACUCCCUUAUAUCCUUUCCCAUGUGCAUAUUGGCUCUCAGAAGUUCUGGGCGGAUGGUAUGCCUGACGUCCGUGAUCUUAGUCGUUGGGUCAGUGGUGUGGCGCAAGCACUGGUCGUCCCAGAAGCCGUCCAGCUACGCUCUUUUCGUCUCUUACGCACGGUGCAUAUUGUCUUCAAGGCUGAAACUCUGGCUAACAUCCAGCGGAUAAUAUUCCCACUUCUUUACAACCUUCCUGAAGCGCUCACUGAACUCAGCCUCACGGACCUACCUGAAAUAAGUAUGAAUAUGCUGGAUAGCAUUGCUCAGAAAUUUCGUCACCUCCAUAAACUUGAACUGAACUGCGCGGAACGACUUGACGUUUCAUGCUGCUGGGACUGCUUUGAAGAAAGCGCGAGCUGUAUCUGGCAUUCUCCCAUCCCUGAGGUGUUUUAUAGUCCGGAAGACUUCAUUAUGACACUAAGGAAUACUCUGCGGCCACUCUCCAAACUGCAGCACUUGCACCUAGGAAUAUUCCUUUCGAUGGAGGACCUCAUGUACGAACAUUUCGCGCAUGCAACUCAUCUACAUUCACAAGGCCUUAUUGGUGAGAGGCCUUUCGGCCCAGAAUGGUGUGUACCCUGUUUCGAUAGGUACGCAGAGGAUGUCCGCCUUGUUGAGUUACAGUCGACUCUUGCGCUUGCUCAAACGCUGAAGGAGCUUCGGACCGUGACAUGGGCUUCGUUUUUCGGACGUCAGCUCCAGGAAAUGGAUGGUCGGAAAACUACAAUCUGGGUAUUUCGAAAGGACGGAACCCUACGAGUUCGACGCAAACCGUGGACACCUCAAACGACGGCGUCGAAGUGA